AUGGACGCUCCCACUUUCCCACCUCCUCUAUCGGCCGGGCCUCGAGGAGCAGACCCUGUUGCUUUCUUGAACAUGAAGAUGGAUUUUGCGAAGGCUUCGCCAACUUUCAUGGAAGCUGUAGGCCACGUGGAACUCCAGGGACAGAACUUGGGGGAUGUUGUUGUCCCUGCGGAGAGGGAGAAAGUUGCGUCGAUUAGAAGUCAACUGAUCGAGGAGCAAACACGAAAGGAGCCGAACUAUUUACCACCGAUCCUUUCUCGACUCGACCAUAUCAUCCAGGGACUUGGCUUUGGCGCAGAGGAUAUCGGGCGCUUCCAACUCGACCGAAAUGAAUACCUAACUUUCAGAGCAGCUGAUGGACAACCGAGACAUUAUCCCGUUCGACUAGGGCUCGAGAAGGAGGGCUCGAUCUACGUCGUCGUCAUGGUCCUGAGUUUACCGCCCCGGCAUGCGUAUCCUUUACCUUCUUCGCCGGCCACCAGAGAGGCUUCGCAUGCGUAUGGUUCUCAGCCGCCAACUCCACAAUCUCUUUACAGGACACCGGUGCCGCCAGGGCCACCCUUUGAUAUGCCCAGAGGUCGAUUCAGCGAAGUCCCACUGGUAUCUCGACCGGCUGCUGUUCCCCCAACACAGAUGCCUGCCGCCAUGAAUCCCGGAGUUGCUGCUGGGGCGGGCUCAACUUCGUAUGCUGCAUCACCAAGUCAUACAGAGUAUGGAGGACCCCCAUCAUAUAAUGUUCCCCGAAGCGAACUGCCCCCUGCAAGCGUGUAUCGACCUCAAGCAGCUUUUCAGCUUCCACCAAUUCGAGCUCAGCCAGGACCAGGACCUGGACCAGAGCAGCCUCGGCCACGGACACGCGAGGAAAGGUCAAACCGAGUUGACAUUGGCGGUUUGAUCGACAAGCCCGAUGACCCUGAGCGGCGACGAUAA